CAAUUCCCUCCUCUUCGGCCCCUGCCUCUCUCUCCUCCAUCUCUUUCUCAAGAACAUAGUUGCAGCUAGUGUAGCCUGCAACUGGAAUUUCGGCAGAGGAUAGUCACGGUUUAGAUUGCCGCUAUGGGGAAGGAGUGCCUGCCCACAGUGGCAAUGGUGCUGGUUCAGCUUGGCUUCGCCGGCAUGAACGUGCUGUCCAAACUCGCCUUGGACACCGGCAUGAGCCCAUACGUGCUCAUCGCCUACCGCAAUCUCAUUGCCGCCCUCUUCCUCGCCCCCCUCGCCUUCUACUUCGAAAGGAGGAGUGGGAUGGUGAUCACCAAGAAAGUUCUUGUCCAGAUAUUCUUUUCCUCCAUUUUCGGCGCGACGCUAAACCAGGUGUUGUACUUCGUGGGGCUCAAGUCCACCACCCCGACGGUGGGGUGCGCGCUCAGCAACACGCUCCCGGCGAUAACCUUCGUCAUGGCCGCGGUACUGAAGAUGGAGACGGUCCGGCUCGCGACGCCCUCUGGGCAGGCCAAGGUAUUCGGCACGGCGGUCUGCGUCGGCGGCUCCAUGAUCAUGCCCUUCUACAAGGGCCCGCUCCUCAAGGUUUGGGCAUCCCCCAUGCAUUGGCGCUACGCGGAGCACACAACCGACGCGGCGGCGCCCGCCAGCGGCCAUGCCGCCAUCGUCGGCGACGUGCUCAUAAUUCUCAGCUGCGUCGCCUGGGCCGUCUGGUUCAUCCUCCAGAGUAAGAUGUCGGAGAGGUUCUCGGCCCCGUACACGAGCACGACGAUCAUGUCGUUGAUGGCCGGCGUGCAGUGUGCGGGCGUCAGCGCCGUCAUGGACAGGAGCCUGUCGGCGUGGAAGCUCGGGCUCGACAUCAGACUAUACGCCGCGCUCUACCUCGGUAUCGUCGGCUCGGGGAUGGCGUUCGCGGCGAUGUCGUGGUGCAUCCAGACUCGCGGGCCGCUCUUCGUGUCCAUGUUCAGCCCGCUGAUGCUCGUCGUCGUCGCCAUAGUCGGCUGGGCCAUCCUCGAGGAGAAGAUAUACGUUGGAAGCGCAAUUGGUUCUGCCCUCAUCGUCGCCGGGUUAUACAUGGUGCUUUGGGGCAAAGCGAGGGAGGCCAGCGGACCGGCUGACCUCAGCGACGACGGUGGCGGGGCGCCGGAGACCAUGAUUAUCCUGGAGCUGAACGGCAAGGACGCCAGGAACGGCGAUGCCGCCAUUUUGCCCUUGUUCUGUGCUACCACUCCCAAGCACGAAGGCGAGACGGACCGAAACGGCAGCACCUGAAUGAUGAUUACGCCGGCACACUAGUAGUGUACCGAUAUCACAUGGGUUGCGUUACCAUACAUGUCAUGGUCAGUUGCACUUGCAUGCGCACUUGUGGUACAGCUUACAAGGACGCGUCACACAACAAAAAAGAAGAAGGAAAGGUAAAUAGAUGGCGCGGUGAGGAAAUGAGGAAAGGGAAACAAGUUGAAGGGUUGAACAGCUAGUAGGGUAUUUUUCGUCUUUUCAUCGGCAAUAAUAUCGAAAGAUGUGAUUGCAUUAGCCAGGGAAUUGAACUCUCUCAUUUCGGAUGAAAUGGACUGAAUACUUAGGAUGCCAAGUUAACCAGAUUUGGAUAUAUACUAGACCAUAAAUGCGCGCGUUGCCGCG